AUGAAGAACGGUUCUGUUUAUGUCUACUUCGGAGACAGUGGACGAUUGGUGACAGUGAUCGAGGGUCACGAAGGUGCCAUUCAUGCAGUUACACCCUCACCCCUAAACGAAGAGAUUGUGGCCACAGCCGGUGUGGAUGGCCGAUUUCAAAUUUGGCAUAUUGAGAGAUAUCGGGACUAUACAGCUCAACAGGAGGCUACCUCCAAUGGUUUCGGAUUUGGUUCAGGUUUGGGUCUCACCGAUAGCGCCGACCCCGGUGCACCACCGGAUCCGUCCCCGCUCUUAUAUUACUAUCGUUAUCCACCCGGUCGAUUUCAUUUGGCUGCCGGAGUUGUCUGGCUUCCUCCGGACUCGGGCACAACCGAUCAACCGAUCUGCGGAGUACCGUUUCAUCGACUUCCACCACCAUAUCUGACCAAUUUUGUGGGAGCUCCGCUUCCGGCCGAAGCCCAACUGCGUGUUCCCGGUCGCACAUGUUUGGAAAAUCCGAUGGACUUGGUUCCUACUUUGACUAUUGAUGAAGACGGUGUCGACAUUGUGCUAGACGACAUUCAGUUUUGCACCGGUGUGCCUCCAGAGUAUUGCCCGCCUAUUCGACCCCCAACGGUUCGUCCAAUCCCCAGUAAAACAUAUUUGUGGCAAUCACUAUGGCUUGGCGGUCGUCAUUCGUUGAUCGAACCCUUGACGGAAACAGAAAUGGCGGUAUACCAGGAACAGUCACACAAACUGUACCGUGAUGAAGUGGAGUUCUAUGUGUCGAAAGGCGAGGCAACCGUGACGUUUGGUGAGGUUGGAAAGAGUUCAAAUCGGACCGGCGGUGCUGAUCCCCUUAGUCAGAAUCGUGCUACCACAGGUGCUGGUUUGACCGAUGGUGAAUCCACCAUAUGCCCACCACAGUCUUCCGUUGCGGAUGUAAGCCAUGUUGAAAUCACGAACUCAGGCGAUCAACCAUCGACGCGUGUUGUGGACGAACUAGAUGAUGCAGAGGAAGAAGAUCCGGACGAAGCAUCUGAGGAAUCCGAAUGGUAA